CCGCGGGCACAGGCUGCCCGGCCCCGCCGAGCGCCGGGCCGGCCCCCGCUGCGCACUUGUUGCCGGGCGCUUCUCCCCCGAUGGAGUCGGAGAUGCUGCAGUCGCCUCUCUUGGGGCUUGGGGAGGAGGACGAGUCCGACCUGACGGACUGGAACUUGCCUCUGGCCUUUAUGAAGAAGAGGCACUGUGAGAAGAUCGAGGGCUCCAAGUCCUUGGCGCAGAGCUGGAGGAUGAAGGACCGGAUGAAGACUGUUAGUGUUGCCUUAGUUUUGUGCCUAAAUGUUGGUGUGGAUCCUCCUGAUGUGGUGAAGACGACUCCCUGUGCCCGUCUGGAGUGUUGGAUAGAUCCUCUAUCAAUGGGUCCUCAAAAAGCUCUGGAAACCAUUGGUGCAAAUUUACAGAAGCAGUAUGAAAACUGGCAGCCAAGAGCCAGAUACAAGCAGAGUCUUGAUCCUACAGUGGAUGAAGUUAAGAAACUGUGUACAUCUCUACGUCGAAAUGCCAAGGAAGAGCGGGUCCUUUUCCACUACAACGGACAUGGCGUCCCCAGGCCAACAGUAAAUGGGGAGAUCUGGGUCUUCAAUAAGAACUACACACAGUAUAUUCCUCUAUCCAUAUAUGACCUGCAGACUUGGAUGGGCAGUCCUUCCAUUUUCGUCUAUGAUUGCUCUAAUGCUGGCCUUAUCGUCAAGUCAUUCAAACAAUUUGCACUACAGAGGGAGCAGGAGUUGGAGGUGGCUGCAAUUAACCCAAACCAUCCACUUGCUCAAAUGCCUUUACCUCCAUCGAUGAAGAACUGUAUUCAAUUGGCAGCAUGUGAAGCCAACGAAUUGCUACCUAUGAUCCCUGAUCUGCCGGCUGACCUUUUCACAUCAUGCCUUACUACACCAAUCAAAAUCGCUCUGAGAUGGUUUUGUAUGCAGAAGAGUGUCAGACUGGUGCCAGGAGUCACAUUGGAUUUAAUAGAGAAGAUUCCUGGAAGACUGAAUGACAGGAGAACUCCUCUAGGAGAACUGAAUUGGAUCUUCACAGCUAUCACAGACACUAUUGCUUGGAACGUCUUACCUAGAGAUCUUUUCCAGAAGCUCUUCAGGCAGGACCUGCUUGUGGCCAGUUUAUUCCGUAACUUUCUGUUGGCCGAAAGAAUUAUGAGAUCCUACAACUGCACCCCUGUCAGCAGCCCACGUCUACCUCCAACCUACAUGCAUGCGAUGUGGCAAGCAUGGGACCUUGCAGUUGAUAUUUGCCUUUCACAAUUACCUACAAUAAUAGAGGAAGGAACUGCCUUUAGGCACAGCCCAUUCUUCGCGGAGCAGCUGACGGCCUUCCAGGUGUGGCUGACCAUGGGGGUGGAGAACCGCAACCCCCCGGAGCAGCUGCCCAUCGUCCUGCAGGUGCUGCUGAGCCAAGUACAUCGGCUCCGAGCUCUUGAUUUGCUGGGAAGAUUUUUGGACCUGGGUCCCUGGGCAGUUAGCUUGGCACUGUCUGUUGGCAUUUUCCCAUAUGUACUGAAGCUGCUUCAAAGUUCAGCGCGUGAACUGAGACCACUUCUUGUAUUCAUCUGGGCCAAAAUUCUCGCAGUGGACAGUUCAUGCCAAGCGGACCUUGUGAAGGACAACGGUCACAAGUAUUUCCUUUCUGUUUUGGCAGACCCUUAUAUGCCAGCUGAACACAGGACCAUGACUGCUUUUAUUCUGGCUGUGAUUGUUAACAACUACAACACAGGACAGGAAGCCUGCCUUCAAGGAAACCUGAUUGCUAUAUGCCUGGAGCAGUUAAAUGAUCCACAUCCUCUUCUGCGUCAAUGGGUGGCCAUUUGUUUAGGACGUAUUUGGCAGAAUUUUGACUCAGCCAGGUGGUGUGGUGUGAGAGACAGUGCCCAUGAAAAGCUCUACAGUCUCCUCUCUGAUCCGAUCCCAGAGGUUCGCUGCGCUGCAGUCUUUGCACUGGGGACAUUCGUGGGCAACUCAGCUGAGCGGACUGAUCACUCCACCACCAUUGAUCACAACGUAGCUAUGAUGCUGGCCCAGCUCAUCAAUGAUGGGAGCCCUAUGGUUAGAAAGGAGUUGGUGGUGGCUUUAAGUCAUCUAGUGGUUCAGUAUGAGAGCAAUUUCUGCACUGUUGCGUUGCAGUUCAUGGAAGAGGAGAAGAAUUACCCUCUCCCUUCUCCAGCUGCCACAGAGGGUGGGAGUUUGACACCAGUGCGAGAUGGUCCAUGUACACCAAGGCUGCGCUCUGUCAGCUCUUAUGGGAAUAUCCGAGCAGUUACCACAGCUAGGAACCUGAACAAGUCCUUGCAGAACCUCAGCCUGAAUGAAGAAUCUGGAAGUACUGUUGCAUUUUCUCCAGGGAAUCUCAGCACCAGCAGCAGUGCCAGCAGCACCCUGGGCAGCCCUGAGAACGAAGAGUAUAUCCUAUCGUUUGAGACUAUCGACAAAAUGAGACGAGUCAGCUCUUACUCUUCUCUGAAUUCCCUGAUAGGCGUGAGUUUCAACAGUGUUUAUACCCAGAUUUGGAGAGUACUCCUUCACCUAGCUGCUGACCCUUAUCCUGAUGUCUCCGACCUGGCUAUGAAAGUCCUCAACAGCAUCGCCUACAAGAUUAUGCAAGUGGGACUGGCCUGCAGACUGAAGCCACAACGGCUCUCCAAUCCAGGUGAACUAGUACAUGCAACAGUAAACGCCCGUCCCCAGCGCAUCCUCGACACCUCCUCGCUGACUCAGUCGGCCCCUGCCAGCCCUACCAACAAGGGCAUGCACAUCCACCAAGUAGGAGGGUCACCUCCCACCACCAGUACGAGCAGCUCCAGCCUGACAAAUGACGUGACAAAACAGCCAGUCAGUCGGGACAUCACGUCUGUAAGACCUGCCAACGUAGGCAACAUGGGGGUUCAGUAUACUCCCCACUCCCACCAGUUCCCCAGAACAAGAAAAAUGUUUGACAAAGGGCCAGAACAGACUACUGAUGACGCUGAUGAUACCGUUGGACACAAAAGUUUCAUUUCGGCCACAGUGCAGACGGGUUUCUGUGACUGGAGUGCGAAGUAUUUUGCUCAGCCCGUUAUGAAGAUCCCAGAAGAGCAUGAUUUGGAGAGCCAGAUUCGCAAAGAGAGGGAGUGGCGGUUUCUGCGCAAUGCUCGGGUCAGGAAGCAAGCCCAGAAGAUCAUCCAAAAGGGCAUCUCUCGGCUCGAUGAUCAGAUCUUCCUCAACAGGAACCCGGGCGUCCCCUCGGUGGUGAAGUUCCACCCCUUCACACCCUGCAUAGCGGUGGCCGACAAGGAUAGCAUCUGUUUUUGGGAUUGGGAGAAAGGGGAGAAGUUGGACUAUUUCCACAAUGGGAAUCCUCGCUACACCAGAAUCACAGCAAUGGAGUACCUGAAUGGACAAGAUUGCUCUUUGCUGCUGACUGCCACAGAUGAUGGCGCUAUCAGAGUAUGGAAGAACUUUGCAGACUUGGAAAAGAAUCCCGAGAUGGUAACUGCCUGGCAGGGCCUCUCAGACAUGCUGCCGACUACACGAGGUCUGGCCCGAAGGGUUUCAAUCUAUCUUGACAGAAGUAAACAGGGAGGAGCAGGAAUGGUAGUCGACUGGGAGCAAGAAACGGGGCUCCUUAUGACAUCUGGAGAUGUGAGGAUAAUCCGGAUCUGGGACACAGAUCGGGAAAUGAAAGUACAGGAUAUCCCCACGGGCGCGGACAGCUGCGUGACCAGCCUCUCGUGCGACUCGCAUCGAUCGCUCAUCGUGGCCGGCCUGGGCGACGGCUCCAUCCGCGUCUUCGACCGGAGGAUGGCUCUGAGCGAAUGCCGCGUCAUGACCUACCGCGAGCACGCAGCCUGGGUGGUGAAAGCCUACCUGCAGAAACACCCCGAGGGCAACAUCAUGAGCGUCAGUGUAAAUGGAGAUGUGCGGUUCUUUGACCCCAGGAUGCCAGAGUCUAUGAAGGUCCUUCAGAUAGUCAAAGGGCUGACGGCUCUUGACAUUCACCCACAAGCCAACCUCUUUGCGUGUGGCUCAAUGAACCAAUUCACUGCAAUCUACAAUGGAAGUGGUGAGCUGAUCAACAAUAUCAAAUACUAUGAUGGUUUUAUGGGACAAAGAGUUGGAGCCAUCAGCUGCCUGGCUUUCCAUCCUCACUGGCCUCAUCUGGCAGUCGGAAGCAAUGACUACUACAUCUCAGUGUACUCAGUGGAGAAGCGGAUCAGAUAACGGCUCAGGGCAGCGUCACUGGAGAAAGGGAGUCCCAGCGGACAGGGCCGUGUCUCACCUAUAAUGUACAUAGUGAAAUUAUCGACUUGAAUGUUUAGUGUUGGCUGCUGCUGCAACCCGUAACUUGAACAUAUUUUUUUUUCUGACUUAGCUACUGAUGAUUUGACAAGGGGAAGAGAGACAAUCUCUUUUUUUUUUCAGCUGUAUCCUCUAAAAGCUACAGAAAAGGAAUAUUUUAUUUUUGUUUCCAAUGGUUGGCUUCUCUGUUAGAAACACGGCUCCUGAGCUUGGAAGGACUGGAUGAGGCAAUACCCUUGAAAAGGGCUUUUUGUUUUAGUCUUUGUUUUUGUUUUUCUGGAGCGUAGGUUGCUUUAAGGAGUGAAGUCCGGACUCACCUACAGCUCUGUGCGUUUGACCAGACUAUGGGACCCCUCCAGCUGCUACCUAGCCUGUGCCAAACAGUAAUCCCUCCGACAGGGCAGCAAGACCAAGCUGCCCAUCUGCAGGAUCAUACAUGUGCUCCUGCGCUCCCUGAGUGUGGGAGGAGGAGAUAGGAAGGCAUCUGCUCUACAUGAACCUUGUCCUCCCUGCAGUUUCCUCUCCAGUGGAAGCAGAGCCCAAAGAAUCAGCUGGGAGACGUGGUGGCAAGGGGAAGCAGGGAUCCUGAGGAAAGGGGCUUGAGGAGAUGACAGGAGCAGGGCACGGUGCCACCAUGCCACAAAGUUGCACAUACCAGGAAAAGAGGGGCAGAAGAACAUGGACAUCUCCAAUGUCCCAGCAAGCCUGGAGCAAGUCACUAACAUAACCACUUUCCACCCAAGCGCAUGGUGCGGGUGAGGGGGGUGGAGGACUUGGGGUAUCGCAGUCACUGUUACUUCAGCAGUCACUGUCCUCUCGCCCACAGCGAUUUCCACAAACACGUGUGACAGCUUGGAAGCUCUACACACCAGCAGAGGAAGCUCCAGGCUCAAACCCCAGGCGUUCGUCUCACCCUGAUGUACUAAGGAUCAGCUAGGUGAUGGACAUGAGUAUUUGCACACUUAAUGCUGUAUGUAUGCAGCUACAAACAUCAUGUGUCCACAUAUGUGUACGUGGUCGUGGCUUGUCUGUGUGUCCCCACAGAACUGCGCAUGAAACCACACGUGGUCUGAGCACAGAAGAUCACUAAACAGGGGGCAGAUGGCAGGCCAUCCUGCUUAGAGCAAAACCACUUUGUCCUGGCUGUCUAAAGGAAACCCAGCUCCAUCUUCCUCACCUUCCAAACUUGUGUAAUGAAAGUUUCUGUCCCUUGAAAUCUGUAAUGCACCUGGAGACCGAUGCAGGGGAGGGGUAGGCAAAGCCAAAGCACGGUUUUCUUCGGUGAAGCGCUGCCCAGGUCUGAUUUAGCUAGCCAGGACAAGCAGAACUUGUCAUGAAAUCAUUGCAAUGACAAAGGUGGACCUGCUAAGUCUAAAGUCCCCAGUUUUCCUUCAGGCUGGUGCUGGUGGGUUUGCAGGCUGACAGAGGCUCCUGGCCAACCCUGCCAGGGAUGAGGCCGACUGCAAUGGACGUAUGAAUGAGGAAGGGGGAGAAGUGUCCUCUUACUGCAUGGAUGGCAACUUCACCUCUGCCAUGGCACCCACUGGCGUGCAUCUGACCUUGUCACUGCUCAUUAUACACCAGAUAAUUUUAUUUUCCUGGGCGUUCAGGCAGGUGCCCGUGCAGUAGCCUCGGAAGCGGCCGGGUGGCUAUUCCAGGCUUGCCACAGGGCAGCAGAAUACAAAAUCCCGUAUGCACAUCUGGACUCUCCUUUGGGCGAGGUUCCUCGAACUACAGAGAUGAAGCAGAUGCCAAAGGCCGGGCGCCGUGGCCUCCCCCGCGGGCACCAUCGCCUCCCCUCUCCAGAGGUGGCAGCGGGCCGCUUCACAGGAUGACGAAUCAAAGGCUUUGAACUUAGGAAAAACUACCUAGAAGUCCACUUUGGGGCUACCAAAAGUUAAUUAUGGUCUAACGGAGCUCUGCCUCUCCCUUCCCCUCCGAGCUGCUCCAGCGCCGGCAGCGCGUGGGCUCGGACGCCCUCCCGGCCCCGCGCCGGCGCGGAGGCUGGCGCCGGCCUGGCCGGCGAGCGGCGGGACCGAGCUCGGGUGCUCGGCUUAAGGACAGACGAGAGAUUUUUAACUUCUAUCAGUGUCUUUGUUUAAGGAACAAGAAAUACCUGGCAAAAUGCAGAGGUGCAGCGCGGGAGGGGGCCGCCCGCCCAGCCCGGCCCGCCAGGAGAGGGGGUUUUUAGCGAACUUGGCCUGUUCAGCUUUCAUCGGAGCGGGUGGGAGCGGGGGCUGUGUUUUCACAGGUCUGAUGCAGAGGUUCAAUCAUGGAGUUUAACUAAGGAUCUGGAGAGCAUCCUACCUAAAAGUUCACUUAUCUCUAUUUAUUUUACAAAAAUUUAAAAAAGAUAUUAAAAAAAUAAAACGCGAUUGUAAUGUGAAAGUAAAACAAUUACAAACAAUAAAUGGUUAAUAAAAAAUAAACGCAGAAACACUU